GUCGGCAUCAUCAUGAAUCAUGCAAUGAUGGGACGGCAGCAUGCGAUGGACACGGAGGAUGCUGCGGAACUGAACUUGGGGGAAGACUUCCAGCAGGAAACGUGCUUAUCGAAUGCGGAGGUUGCUGUGAUUCUCGAGAAGCAAAAGUCGGAUUACGAGAGCUCGGAGAAGCCGCUGACAUCGGUAUUCCAGAAGACGUAUUCGUAUGUGCAGCGGUUCUCGGGGACAAAGGACCCGGUGGCAAACCAGGCGAGUGUCACGGAGCUGCGCGAGGCACUGAUCACGUACGAGUUCACGCGCGAGAGCCCGGACGAUCCGACACAGGCCGUCGAGGUGCGGCUGGAAGAGUUUGAGAUUGCCUGCUUAUCGAAUUUGAACCCCGAAGAAUCGGAAGAAGCGAUGGCGCUUAUCCCGAGCAUGAACAAGAAGUUUUCGGAGGACGACAUCGAAGAAAUUCUGCAGAUCAUUGCGCGCACGACGGCCCGCAUGUACGCUUAAUCGGACCCCUUACAUCUUCUAGCACAUCACUCAACUCUGUUGAUAAUGGAACGAUGGGGCGGCGGCUUCCUUCUGAAGGGGUCUUGGGUUCUGCAUUCUCCCCUUCUUCUUCCAUGCGCUCCAGAAUGACGAAUAACCGAACCCACUUCCGGGUCAUUUCUUG